AUGUUGCGAAUAAUCCUUAUAACUUUCUUAAUUAUUUCAACAUCGCGAGUUAUUGCAUUUCCUUAUUUGGUUAUCAACGAAAGCGUUAAUAGUAAUAGUCAAACUGUUAUGUAUGAAAAAAUGAGUCUUGAAUAUUGGUUGAAAGUCUUCCUUACUGUCUUUUUAGUUUUAUUGGGUGGAUUAUUUUCUGGCUUGACCAUUGGAUUGAUGAGCCUGGAUGAAACAAAUCUUCAUAUUCUCACCCAGUCUGGAGAUCCUAAAAAACGGUAUGUGCGCGCAUGCCCUAUACGUAAAAAUGGUCAUCUGCUACUUGUAACUCUUCUUUUAUGCAAUGUUUUAGUUAAUGAAACCUUACCGAUUGUCAUGGAUGAUGUUAUGGGAAGCGGUAGUAUAUCUGCAAUUUUGGCUUCUAGUGCACUUAUUGUUCUCUUUGGUGAGAUUCUUCCUCAAGCAAUAUGUACUAGAUAUGGUCUUGCAAUAGGUGCUUUCUUUGCGUGGCCUACGAGGAUAUUAAUUUGGUUAACUUUUGUUUUUUCGUAUCCGAUUGCCAAGCUGUUGGAUUUUGUUCUUGGUGAAAGUCACGGUGUAGUUUAUCGUCGUGCUGAACUCAAGGAAUUAAUUAAGUAUCACGAAACAUCUAAUGAGCAUGGUGGUGACCUUAAUACUGAUAGUGUUACUAUUAUCCGAGGUGCUCUUGACCUCCAGGAUAAAGUAGCUGAAAGUGCAAUAACACCAUUGAACAAGAUUUUCAUGAUUAACGUUAACACCAUUUUGGAUAGAAAUACUAUGCAUGAGAUUUUUUUAAGUGGAUAUUCUCGCAUUCCCGUUUAUGAAGGUUCUCGUAAUAAUAUUAAAGGUGUUUUAUUGGUGAAGUCUAUGAUCUUGUAUAACCCUGAUGAAGCUCUUCCUUUGAAAAAAUUUAACAUAAAUCCUAUUAUUACAGUUGAAGCCUCAACAUCUUUACUCGACAUUUUAAAUUCAUUCCAAGAAGGUAAAUGUCACAUGGCAGUAGUUGUUAAAGAAUCAAAUCUUCUCGGCUUCAUUACGUUGGAAGAUGUUCUUGAAGAGCUUAUUCAAGAAGAAAUUUAUGAUGAGUCAGACACGAUGUCUAAAAAAAUAAGUGGCUUGAACGCUUCAAUAAACGCUAUUCGGAAUAACAAAUUCAAGAAAAUUAUGAAAAGAGCAAGCAAUUUUCCAGAUAAUAAUGAUCCAAAGGAUUUAAUUGCGUUUGAAUGA